AUGACCUUCCCUCCCCCUCACCCUUCCGCCCAAUCGUCGAUUGCUUCUGGCACCGAUAAAAACUCCUCGACCAGGCCUGAGAUUGGUGCCUGGGGACGGUCCACAUCACAGUCCGGCAUUCGUCGUGGGUUGACACCUCUUGCGACCAAUCUUUCCUCCUCUACCUCUGCUUCCUCCCGGGGCUUGGACGCAGGGCCUGGGGCUUCAACACCGUCGUCCUUCUCUGCCGUUCUGAGCUCCACUAGGGGUCUCUCAGGCGGCAGCCCGAAGCCCGCACCCUCACCCUUCUCCUCUUUGCAAUCUGGCUCCCAGCAGUCGGCUCAAUCGCUCUCGUCUCCGAAGUUCCGCGCACAUACCCCAUCUUCAGGGUCCCAUUUCUCCGCUGCAACAGGAUCCAUCCCGGGCGUUGGAGGCACUGGGGGAGGUGGUGGGCCGGGUUCUUCCAGAGGGGCCGCCUUCUCACCACUGUCAUCUGGCACGACCGUGAAUUCGCCUACAGGAUUCGCAUCUGAUAAGUCAGGCUCCGCAGCCCACUCUAGCCAAUCGUCUCUUGCGAAGAUCUCGAUCGCACAGGUAUACCUUCUAUUGGACUCAAUCACGGAGAAAGAGGGCAAAGAAAAGUGGGAGACUAAGGCUGCCCAAAUACACAAAGUAAGCAUCCUCAAGCCAAACGCUCUUUACUAUCUUGUGACAUCCAACGGAAUGGAGGUCUUUUCCAAGUAUUUUCGCCGCCUCCUCACAGGCAAUGCGCCUCAGAUUUUCCCCGGUGUGAACAAGUCCGUCGAAAAUGCGGGCAACUACCUUCUCUUGGUCCAAGAGAUGCAAAAAGUUUCCUCGGACAUCGAACAAGCCCAGAAGAUCGCCGAGACGGUGGAUACAUCUGAAGGAGACAUAUUCCGCGACUUCGAUCUAUCAACGUUCCUGGACCACUUCCGUCUUGACCCCAUUGUCAAGGUAGCACUUGCUUUGGCCUUCAAGAUGACGAACAAGUCUGACCUGCGAGCUAAGGCCGAUGCCAUCCUUUCGAAUUCUGUCUCUCCUUUCUUGCAAAGCCUAGCAACUCCGUCUGAAGCGACCAAGGAUUUCAACACCUCUUUCCUUGGAAUGACGAUCGAACGUUUCAUUCUCUACCCCCCACGCAACUUCAGCGACGAGGUCAAGGGCAAAUUGGUCUUUGCGUCUAACCUGCGAUACCAGAAGCUUGGCUUGGAUAUGCCCUUCGAAGUUUCUUCGGCUCUACAAAUGUUUAAUUUUGUGAACCCUAGAUACGUCCUUGUCAGGCAACUUCACACCAAGGGACCUCGCGCGACUGCAAGCAUAGAGGCUAUAACAGACACCAUCAAUGCGGCUGGACCCGACAGCUGGAGUGAAGAGCAUCUUGCUAGUGCACUCCUAUUUAUGAUACUGUCGCAAUACUGGCAGCGUUUCUCAUUGGAGACUCUUCUGAGCGCUUAUAAAGAGAAGCAAGUGAACUGGCCCCUUGUGAUACGGAGCUUCGAUCGUGAGGGAUUGAGGGUGGACCCUCAACAGUUCGCUAAGCUUUAUAAUGUCCUCCGCGCCAUCGCAGCAGAUGAGCCCUCCUUGGAUCUCCAGAAGUUGUGGGGCGGUGACUGGGAACACCGUGACACACAAUUGUCUUUCUUGACUGCCUUUGUGGCCUCACGUGCAGAUGCUACUCAGAUUCCUAAUCUGCGGGCAACUUUCCCUGCUGAUUUCUUUGAAGACGCCCCAGAGAUCGUCAAAUUGCAGGGUGAACGUGCUGCCAAGUCACCCCUCAGGUCUAUGGAUGCCAUGAGGGCCAUCUUCGACCUCACCCUGUUCUCUGAGGCUAAUUGGGCUGCCUCUGAAAGCCAACUCCUAAUCAAGGCCAUGGUUCAAUAUGACCUCCCGGUUUUCCUUGUUUCUGCACUUGCCCUCCUUGCUCUCCCGCAGCCAUGGACUCAACUUCAAAAGAGCUUUGUUGUACGGACUUUCGUGGUAUUUGUUUCCAAACAGGAGGAUGGUUACCAACUGGCACUUCAUGGAGCCUGGCAUCAGGACCGACAAUGGGUUGCUGAGCAAUUGUUCACCCUCUUCUCUUCUGAUCCUACGGUGACAGAAUUGACUUACGAACAUGCUGUCGCAUUUGGAUGGCUUGAGUUCCUUCUUCAAUUCACUAAUGGCCUCGCACUUGACCUUGCUUGCUACUGCCACCGAAAGGGUUCAUUUGACCUUGAGCAGUGGGUUCGGGGUGCUGCUGAGAAGACGGCUGCUCUGCAUUCUUCUAGCUCCGCGAACAUGACCAUGGGCAGUCUUUUGUCCAAGUUCCUGCGAAUUAAGGCAGAGGAUGAACUUCACGUGCAAAGGAAGGAACAGCCUGGUCCUCAGAUGGUGACCCUUGCCGUGAAGACUGUAUACACCCUUCUGUCUGUCUUGGAGGAGUAUGUCGGCGACCGUGAAAACCUUACGCCUGUUCAACGCAUCUGUAUCCAGACGUACCCCAGGCUUAUCAACUACGGUGAAGGGUUCGACGAUAUCAUCGAUGCCAACGGUGAAAAUGGUAACACUUUGCCUGAGAACAUUGACAAGCAGAUGCAAGAGCUAUUUGGCAAGAUGUAUCACGAAGAGCUGUCUCUCCGUGAAAUGUUAGAGCUGAUGCGGCGAUACAAAUCAUCAAAAGAACCUGAGGAGCAGGACCUCUUCGCAUGCAUGGUCCACGGCUUGAUUGAUGAGUAUCACUGCUACCAUGAGUACCCGCUUGAAGCACUGACAAAGACUGCGGUUAUGUUUGGUGGCAUAAUUAAUUUCCGUUUGGUCGACGGCAUUACCCUGAAGGUUGGGCUCGGAAUGAUCCUGGAAGCUGUGCGCGAGCACGAAGUGCACGAUCCCAUGUACAAAUUUGGCGUGGAGGCCAUUGAGCAGUUGAUCAACCGUCUCUCGGAGUGGGCUGGCUUUUGUCACCUUCUGCUUCAAAUCCCUACUUUGCAAGGAACACCGAUCUUCCAGAAAGCGGAAGAAGUUCUUCGCGAGGCCGGCGACGCUGGUACCACCUCUGGAUUCGCUGAUCUCGCUGUCCCCUCUCUCCCCAACGGGAUGGAUGACUCUCCCACUGCUGAUGGCACAUCGCGCAAGUUCCGCUCCGUUUCUGUGGACCCUGCUCGCUCCGACCUCUUCCAGGACCCCGACGAAGAUGUGCAAGACAAGAUUUUGUUCGUCCUGAACAACGUGUCCGAGCAAAACAUUGACGAGAAGAUGGUCGACCUGAACGAAGUUUUACGUGACCACCAUCACCAGUGGUUCGCCGCGUACCUGGUGGAGGAACGUGCCAAACUUCAACCCAACUUCCAGCAGCUUUAUCUCGACCUUCUUAGCCGCAUUGAUGAUAAGACCCUAUGGAAGGAGGUCCUCCGCGAGACUUAUGUGAGCCUUGCGAAGCUUCUGAACUCCGAAGCAACUCUCACUUCAUCCCAAGAUCGCGGUCAUCUGAAGAACCUCGGUGCUUGGCUGGGUUCGUUGACGAUCGCAAAGGACAAGCCUAUCCUUCACAAGAACAUCUAUUUCAAAGGGCUGCUCUUGGAAGGAUACGAGACUCAACGUCUCAUGGUCACGAUCCCCUUCACCUGCAAGACUCUCGUGCAAGCUACCAAAUCCAGAGUCUUCAAACCUCCGAACCCGUGGCUGAUGGACAUCCUCCAUCUCCUGCUCGAACUUUACCAUUUUGCGGAGCUGAAACUCAACUUGAAGUUUGAGAUCGAGGUGCUAUGCAAGGAUCUGGAUCUCGACCACAAGACUAUCGAACCAGCAGUCUUCAUUCGCGACCGUACUGCGCAUGCCGAAGAAGUAUUGCCUGCUGCGAGCAUCCCGCAAGGCCUCGAGCCCUUCGAGGAUAUGGCUAUCGGCAGUAUCAACCAGGGCAUUCGUAAUGAGAGGCUGUCGCCAGCAUCAAUAAUGUCCACUCUGCCAAGCCUUGACAAGAUCCUUGUUCUGCCCCCGUCGGCCAGUAGCAUGGUUGAUCCUACCAUGUUGCGACAGAUUGUCCAAACAGCCGUGGAGCGUGCUAUUGGUGAAAUCAUUACCCCAGUUGUGGAGCGCUCUGUUACUAUUGCUUCCAUUUCGACUGUCCAGCUGGUAUCCAAAGACUUUGCCAUGGAGCCCGAUGAAGAGAAGGUCCGGCAUGCCGCUGGUACCAUGGUCCGUCAACUUGCCGGUAGCCUGGCCCUCGUUACUUGCAAGGAACCGCUGAAGGUCAGUAUGACCAACUAUAUCCGGGUCAUCCAGCAAGAAUUCUCAGAGCAGCCUAUGCCUGAAGGUUUGAUUCUAAUGUGUGUCAACGACAAUUUGGAUGCCGCAUGUGGCAUUGUUGAGAAGGCAGCUGAGGAGAAGUCUCUUCCUGAGAUCGAGAAGGUGAUUGAGCCCCAGCUGGAGGCUCGUCGUCGUCACCUUGCCAGCCGACCCAAUGAGCCAUUCAUUGACUCCUCAAUGAACCGAUGGGGUCUUUUCAUCCCUGAGCCUUACCGCCAGAACCCUGGAGGCCUCAACAAAGAGCAACUGGCCAUCUACGAAGAAUUCGCCCGUCAAUCCCGAGGGGCCAGUGCGGCUCACCCGCAAAAUGCUUCAAAUGAUGCCGGUCGCCAAUUGCCUGACGUACUCCAAGAAUCCUACCCUGCCAUCCCCAACCUUUCUACUCCCGCAGAACAACCUGCUGUUCCUCACCGAACCCCCCAGGCACAGCAUGCAGUUUCGCAAAUGCCCGUUCACGCCAAUGGAUUUCUUGACGCCCAGGCCCCCCGCGAUCGACUCGAGACGCUCAUCUCCGAGCUUCAGGAGUCUGCUCGCAGCGCUCCCGAAGAUCACGUCAAAGACCUUGGCAGAGAAAGCACCGUCCUUCAAGAAUACAAUCAGGCAUUGCGCGCUAUUCUCGCUUCGCCCAAUGGAGAAGAGUUGGCGCGACUGACGUCUUUGAAGGUUUGCACCAUUCUCUAUUCUCAGUCUACGGACUCGCUGGAGAUCGAAGUCCUUGUUCACCUUCUUGCCAAGCUUUGCGAUAUGUCUACCUUGAUCGCACGUUACACCUGGGCUUUACUGGCCGAGCUUGACGACGAGCACAUGUUCAACGUGCCCGUCACUGUAGCUCUCAUCAAUGCAGGCCUUUUGGACAUUCGCCGGGUGGACAUGGUCCUCACCCGUCUCAUCAUGCAAAAGAAUGCCAGCUCUCUGGAGCUGCUUGAAAACCUGAUGGACCGUGUUCUCUUCAGUGACGAGCCUUCUGCGCUCCGAUCGGACUUUUCGGGCAGCUUAGAGGCGAUGAGCCAGUGGCUCGCUGAGGAUGCCAGUCUGACUCCGGCACUUGAGAUCAUCCGCAAGCUGCGCGAUGUUGGCAUCCCUGAAGUUGUCAACCCGCUUCUGACUGACCAAGCGCGCUCCAAGCGUGACCAAAUGGAGUACAUCUUCAGUGAGUGGAUUGGCAUCUACAAGGCCUCUGGUGCCAAUGACCGCACCUACUUGUCUUUCCUUCAAGACAUGCACAACCGCCAGGUGAUGAACACCCAGGAGGAUUCUGCUUUGUUCUUCCGUCUCGCCAUUGACAUUUCCGUUGCCAUGUUCGAGCACGAAUACCAGAAUCCUGCUGGAGGCAGCCUUGACGAGGCAUUCCUCUACAUUGACGCCCUUGCGAAGCUCAUUAUCUUCCUGGUCAAGUUCCAGGGUGAGAACGUUGGCGCUGUCAAGGCCAGCAAACCUGCUUACUUCAAUUCAAUCCUUGCUACUCUGGUUCUGGUUCUGAACAACCACCAGGUCAUGCGUGGUGAAGGCUUCAAUCAGCGUGUCUUUUUCCGUCUGUUCUCCAGCAUCCUGUGCGAAUACUCCAUGGCUGGCCUCCAGCACAACGAAGAGCACCAGGGCAUGAUCUUUGCCCUGGCCAACAAGUUCCUGUCCAUCCAGCCUCGCUAUGUUCCUGGUUUUGUUUACGGAUGGUUGUCUCUUGUCUCCCACCGUGUGUUCAUGUCUGACAUGCUCAACAUGCCGGAGCGCGCCGGCUGGGCUUCUUACUGCGCUAUCAUGCAGGCUCUGCUUUCUUACAUCGGCGAACAGCUCAAGGCUGCUAACAUCACAUAUGUCGCCAAGGACUUGUACAAGGGCGUGCUUCGCAUCUUGCUGAUCCUGCACCACGACUUCCCUGAGUUUGUUGCCGAAAACCACUUCCAGUUCUGCAAUGUGAUCCCCGCUCAUUGUGCUCAACUUCGCAACCUGGUGCUCAGUGCGUAUCCCUCUUCGUUCCAGAAAUUGCCGGAUCCUUUCAGGGAAGGUCUCAAGGUCGAACGAAUCGAAGAAAUGCGCGAGAUUCCCAAGAUCGCUGGCGAUAUUGCUGCACCCUUGCAGCAAGCUGACAUCAAGGACAUCGUUGAUGCCGCUCUCGAGAACGAAAGCGUCUCUGAGACCGCGGUUCAGCAAAUCUGCGAAGCUAUCCUUAGCCACGAUGCUAAUGACACCGCUUUGUUCUACGCUCCCAUCAACGUGGAUGUCGUGCUCGUAAACGCUCUGGUCCUGUACAUUGGCCAGCAAGCUGCAGUGGAACAUGCUUCAAAGAGUAACACUCGCUCUGCAUUCGAGAACUCGACUCACGCUGCCCUCUUGGAGGCCAUGGCCCAGAACAUGCAACCUGAGGCCCGCUAUUACUUGCUCAGCGCGAUGGCGAACCAGCUGCGAUACCCUAACAGCCACACCUACUUCUUUAGUUUCACCAUUCUGCGCUUGUUCGGCGUUGAUUAUUCUGAGCAAGAUGAUUCCGAUAUCCGCCAGCAGAUCAUCCGUGUGCUGCUUGAGCGCCUCAUUGUCCACCGUCCUCACCCUUGGGGCCUGAUCAUCACCCUCCAAGAGCUCCUCCAGAAUCGGAGCUACUCCUUCUUCCGUCUCCCCUUCAUCCAGGCGGCCCCCGAGAUCGGUCGACUUUUCGAUGCUCUCCUCCAGCACAUUCAGCAACAAAGCCCUCGCCCUAUCGCCUGA